AUGUUUACAACAACUGGUAUGCAACAAUUUUGGAAGGAGUGUUGGAAAAUGCAACAACAACUUGUUAAAGGAAUAGAUUUAUCAAUAGCUCAACAACCAACAUCAUCAAAUGAAUCAGAAAUAGCAUCAUCACGAUCAACCACACCGGAUACUACCGUAAUUGGUAAUCAUUCAACAACAGAUCAAGAUGUUAUUGAGACAUCAGCACAGCAUUCACGACAAUUACAUCUUGGCGCUUUGCUUGGUGAUGAUUGUAAAGGUUCUAGAAGAGGUAAUGAUAAGUUAGAAUGUAAAAGAAGACGAACAAGGACAAAUUUUACGGGUUGGCAAUUGGAGGAAUUGGAAAAUGCAUUUGAAGCUAGCCAUUAUCCAGAUGUAUUUAUGCGUGAAGCAUUAGCACUACGUUUAGAUCUUCUCGAAUCACGUGUUCAGGUUUGGUUUCAAAAUCGACGUGCUAAAUGGCGUAAAAAAGAACAAUUAAGAAAAGGUGCUCAACGUGUACAAAGCCUCAUACGUGAUACUGAUGGAAAUGUAAAACCUGGUACCACUAAUGAAAGUAACGAAAAUGAAACGAAAAAUAACGAAAAUAUUACAUUGCCAAAAAAUACAUUUUCUAUCGAUAAUCUACUAGCUGCAUCAAGGGUACCACGUGGAAGACGACCAAAUGCAAAGUAUCCACGUGUACAGGCUUGUAAAAGUAUGUCACCAUUUAUGCUUCCAUUAUUCCCAAUUACGCAACCAGCUGGUAUAACAAUACGUGAAACUACUCCACCAUCGUUACCAUCAUCACCACAACAAUCAUUAUCAUUAUCAUUAUCAUCACCAGACGAAAUAAUCGAGAAGCAAAAUAUAUACCAAUGA